CCGGCGGCGGCCGGCACCAUCCGUUCUUCGAUGCAAUAAUAAUAUUCUGUGCUUUCUGCGACUGAGUUGGCUCGCUGCUCGUUGUGCUUUGUUCUGGUCAAAUAAUUAUUUAAAAUUUUUAAAAUUGUCAGUAGUGCUGAGUAUUAAAUUUAAAAUUACAGAUGAUAAAUCGAUUCAUAAAUCGAAAAACGCAAUAAGUUCGCUGUAAGCUGAAGUGAAAAUGUGCGGCUGCGUGAGAGUUCUCCGCAUUGGCAAGCCGCUCCCUAAGUCAUGGCAACGGAGACUCUUCAGCUCAUCCUCAACACCGCCACCUGUCCAAGGAGUUCCAUAUACAAAACUCAGUGUUGGAGUUCCGAAAGAAAUAUGGCAAGAUGAAAGAAGGGUUGCCAUAGUACCAGCGGUAGUUAGUAAAUUAGUUAAAAAAGGAUUUAGUGUUAAUGUAGAAGAAAACGCUGGGAUAUUAGCAAAUUUUCCAAAUAAGAGUUUCGAGGAAGCUGGCGCCAAAAUCACCAGCUUAAAGGAUACUUAUCAAUCAAACAUCGUUUUAAAGGUUCGUCCAUUAGCAGAUAAUGAAGUUCAAAAUGUUGCCGAUAAAUCCACUAUUAUAUCAUUUUUAUAUCCCGCACAAAAUCAAAGCCUCAUACAAAAACUGGCAACUAAAAAAGUUAACGCAUUUGCAAUGGACUGCAUUCCUCGUAUAAGCCGCGCUCAGGUGUUCGACGCGCUCAGCUCGAUGGCUAACGUAGCGGGCUAUCGCGCUGUCAUCGAAGCGGCCGCACAUUUUCCGCGUUUUUUUUCCGGUCAGAUGACCGCCGCGGGCCGCGUGCCCCCGUGCCGCGUGCUGGUGGUGGGCGGCGGCGUGGCGGGGCUGGCGGCGGCCGCGCAGGCGCGCUGCAUGGGCGCCGCCGUGCGCGCCUUCGACACGCGCCCCGCUGUGCGUGAGCAGAUCGAGAGUCUUGGCGCACACUUCAUCACUAUGGAUGUGAAGGAAGAAGGAUCUGGUGCGGGCGGGUAUGCCAAGGAGAUGAGCGAGGAGUUCCUCAACGCUGAACGAGCGUUAUUGGGGAAAGAAGCCAGAACAUCAGACGUAGUCAUCAGCACAGCUCUUAUACCUGGAAAACCUGCACCACUGCUUAUUUUAGAGGACGCAGUUCGUGACAUGGCCCCAGGCAGUGUGAUAGUAGACCUGGCGGCAGAAAUGGGCGGCAACAUUCAGACGACCACUAAGGGCAAAAUAACAAAGGUGCAUGAUGUUACACACAUUGGUCUUACCGAUUUGCCCAGCAGGAUGCCCGCACAUGCCUCUACUCUUUAUGCCAACAAUAUCUCCGCCUUCCUGCUCAGCUUAGGGAACAACGAGCACUUCAACAUCGACCUCGAGGACGAGGUGACGCGCGGCGCCAUAGUGCUGAGGGAGGGCGCGGCGCUGUGGCCCGCGCCGCCCGCGCCCGCGCCGCCCGCCGCGCCCGCCGCCGCGCGGCCCGCGCCGCCCGCCGUCGAACCGCCCAACCCCUUCAAUGAAACCCUGAAGGACACAUUCUUGUACUCCACGGGCUUGGCUAGUUUAAUUGGACUUGGGAUGGUCUCACCAAAUCCAGCAUUUACUACAAUGACUACAACUUUAGCUCUAUCAGGCGUAGUGGGCUACCACACGGUUUGGGGAGUGGUACCAGCCCUCCAUUCGCCCCUUAUGUCAGUAACCAAUGCUGUAUCUGGUAUUACUGCUGUUGGUGGAUUGCUCCUUAUGGGUGGCGGAUACGUACCUGAGACUCCAGUUCAGUGGUUAGCCAGCACUGCCGCUCUUAUCUCAUUCGUAAACGUAUUUGGAGGAUUCCUCGUGACACAACGUAUGUUGGACAUGUUCAAAAGGCCAGAUGACCCUCCGGAAUAUGGCUACUUAUACGGCAUACCAGCUGCUGCGCUACUUGCAGGAUAUCUUACAACUGCAAUGCAGGGAUACCCUGAAGUACAUCAGAUGGCUUAUCUCGCUUCAUCGUUAUGCUGCGUAGGCGCUUUGGCUGGGCUCAGUUCACAGAAAACAGCACGGAAAGGAAACUACCUUGGAAUGAUUGGAGUUUCUGGUGGUAUUGCGGCAACUCUGGGAAUUCUAACGCCAAGCGCUGAAGUGUUAGCGCAAAUGAUUGGCGUGGCAGGUAUUGGAGGACUUAUUGGGGGCACCAUCGCCAAGAAGAUUGAGAUCACGGACUUACCACAACUUGUAGCUGGUUUUCACAGUUUGGUAGGCAUGGCGGCGGUGCUGACCUGCAUAGCCACGUACAUGCACGACUUCCCCGCAAUGGCCCUCGAUCCCACUGCUGCUACUCUUAAAACGUCGCUCUUCCUUGGCACGUACAUUGGCGGAAUUACAUUCACCGGAUCAUUGGUUGCUUACGGUAAACUACAAGGAGUACUAUCUUCGGCACCAUUGCUUCUGCCUGGUAGGCAUGCUAUCAACGCAGGUCUUUUGGCCGGUUCACUAGGCUGUGGAGGAGCUCUCCUAGCAUUCCCUGAAGUUCCGGGAUUGCCACUUUUGUCGGCUGCUGCUUUGCUUAGUGGCAUACAAGGCUUGACUUUAACCUCUGCUAUUGGAGGUGCGGAUAUGCCUGUCGUGAUAACUGUUCUUAACAGUUACUCAGGCUGGGCGCUGUGUGCGGAAGGGUUUAUGUUGAACAAUUCUCUGAUGACUAUCGUGGGCGCACUCAUCGGUAGCUCAGGAGCUAUCCUCUCUUACAUCAUGUGCAAGGCGAUGAACCGCUCCCUGCCCAACGUGAUCCUGGGCGGCUACGGCGUGACGAGCGGCGGGACGGCGCGCCCGGCCGGCGCCACACACACCGAGAUGAACGUCGACUCCGUCGCCGACCUCAUACACCGCUCCUCCUCUAUCAUUAUUACUCCAGGUUAUGGUUUGUGUGUAGCGAAAGCACAAUACCCUAUUGCUGAGCUGGUAGAUAUCCUCAAAGGUAUAGGGAAAAAAGUGCGUUUUGCUAUUCAUCCUGUUGCUGGACGUAUGCCCGGUCAAUUGAACGUCCUGCUCGCUGAAGCUGGAGUGCCUUACGAUGAUGUCUUUGAAAUGGAAGAAAUUAAUGAGGAAUUCCCUGAAACUGACUUAGUUUUGGUUAUUGGUGCCAACGACACCGUGAACAGCGCGGCUGAAGACGAUCCGGAGUCGCCCAUUGCAGGCAUGCCUGUACUUAAAGUUUGGAAGGCUGACCAGGUGGUAGUAAUGAAGAGAUCGAUGGGCGUCGGUUACGCUGCUGUGGACAACCCUAUCUUCUACAACCCCAACACCGCCAUGUUGCUUGGUGAUGCUAAGAAGACUUGCGACGCCCUACUCGAUAAAAUCAAACAUCUCACCGCAUAAAUAUAAAGUAUAAGAGCGUAUUUUAAGGAUUUUACACCUUUGAUAACAAUUAAGGCUUAAAUAAUCUGACUAGACUAUUUAUACACCAGCUAGACUUUAUUAUCUCAACGAGUAUUCUAUAAACUAAAUACAUCUUGAUAGAAUACAAAUAAAAUCUAUAUUUCUAAAUGUUAUAAGCUUAAGAGUCAUGGUAAACCAACCAACGCGCUCGUCCAGGGCGCUCUGUAAUCUAAAGGCGAUUUUGUUAAGAUAGAUGAUAUGGCAAUCGACGAUCAGCUGCAAUGGUAGCGAUGUUGUUUGUACGUGGCGUACUAUUUAUAUGAACAAACUCACUUUCGCAUUUAUAAUAUUAGUUAAGGUAGACGUGUUACAGUUGUAUUAGUCAAAAAUCUACCCAUCCACCAUCAAAGGAGAUCACGGGUAUAAUAAUUACAAUAACGAUGGACAACAAGAAUGACUUACUGGUUAGUUGAAAAAAAAACAUUAAUUUUUUAUUAAACUAACAAAUAUCAGUCAGUAUUGUAAGAUAUCGUUUAUUAUUAUCAUUGGCAUGCUUAAGUAUAUAGUAACAGUUUGUUAAUGUCCCACUGCUGGGCUAAGGCCUCCUCUCCUUUUUGAGGAGAAGGUUUGGAGCUUAUUAGAGCCUUCUUAGAGUCGAGAUAGCCUAGUGGUUAGAACGCGUGAAUCUUAACCGAUGAUCGUGGGUUCAAACCCGGACAAGCACCACUGAAUUUUCAUGUGAUUAAUUUGUGUUUAUAAUUCAUCUCCUGCUUGACGGCGAAGGAAAACAUCGUGAGGAAACCUGCAUGUGUCUAAUUUCAUUGAAAUUCUGCCACAUGUGUAUUCUACCAACCCGCAUUGGAGCAGCGUGGUGGAAUAACCUCCAAAUCUUCACCUUCUUAAAUAUAACAUACUUAAAAUUAGUCAAUGAAGUUAGGAAGUUUAGGGACAAAUAAACUUUUGGCUAAUUCGGAAUUUUGAAAAAUAAUAAAUUACUGCUAACGCAUAAAGCAGAAUAUGGACGAGUGACCUGGAUGUUUGCUAUAUCAUGGCCCUCUUAGUAGAAUUAUUAUAUUCAGGCAUUGUGUAUAGGCGUAUUCGAUCUCUCGAGAUUGGAAAUGAAUAAUAAAAUACGUACACGGUACACUAAACAAAUUAUAAUCAUAACAGUCAUUUAUUACAAAAAUGACUAGAUUUUUUUAUAUUACAACACAGAACAGUGGGUGAGCAGGACGGGUGUUGCUUUAUUUUAUCAUAGCUCGCUCCUCUCGCAACCGAUAUCUGAGCCAGAAUUGCGUUCCGCAACACGACAAACGCGACGUAUUGCCUAUAACGUUCAUAUUUCCCUUAUAAUGGCAACUCUUAAUGAUAUGAUUAACUAAAUAAAUUAAAAAGUUUAUGCAUAUUUACAAUCAGCGCGUUAAGAAAUGAAUUAUCUUAUAUAGCAAUGUGAUACAAAGUGCCUUUACUGUUUGUAUUUACUUCGACGACAUUACUAGUCUUAUUGUACAUCACGACGUUAAAUUUAGUUGAUUUUAAUUAUAUAUUUUACUAUUUGGGAGAAAUUUUUUACAUGAGAAAAACUAUAUACGUAAUUUCAUAUACCAUUUCAAUUUCUAUAAACGCUUAUUCAAUUGUUAUAUCCCAUCGUUUUAAAUCUAGUCUUCUUUAUGAAAACUGCAAUUCAGUUUGUAGAUGUAUCUAAAACGUGCCCAUUAUAUGCGAAGCCCCGGAUUUAUGCCUGGGUCUACAAAGCACCGGGGCCCCACCAGCCGAGGGGCCUAAAAAUGCGGGUUUUUGUAUUAUCAAGUAGCUAAUCAUUUGUAAAAGUAUAAAAACUAUAUUUUUAUAUUAUUCGCAAGAAAUAUAUGAAAAUAUUAAACUUAAACUAAACGCACUGCGCUGACUUCUUAGAUCAAGAUUAAAAAGUUAGUGUCAUGAGUUUUAGACCUCUUUAUUUAUAAUAAAUGGUGAAGAAUGCAAAAUAGAAUUAUUGCUGUGGAUUUUUAAAGUUGUAUGACUUAUAAUGUAUGGGAAUUGUGGUAUUCUGUGUAAUAUCUCCACAUUCCAUCUCAAUAUAAAAUAAAUAUAAUUAUUACUAUGUUAGCAACUACAUUAAAUAUCAAUAUUUUUAUUGAAUGUCUAUGACAAUUGAAAACAUACAACUUACAAAGAGAUUUUUUUAAUGAGAUUUGCAAAAUGAUAUCUAAUGUUGAAAUAAUCAUGUGUAUAAUCAUGUUGUAAAAAUGAAA